AUGGGGAACUUAUCUACUUCUAAAUUCUUUAUUCUUUCUGGGCUGCAGGACUCAGGAGUUUACAAGCAUCAAUACUUCUUGUUGGUGUUUGUCCUUUACACCCUCAUUAUUAUAGUCAACUUAACUUUGAUUUUUAUUGUGACAGUGGAUAGAAGCCUCCAUGAGCCCAUGUACAUUUUCAUCUGCAAUCUGUCAAUAGCUAUUAUCCUUACUUCUAGAAUACCCUUUUGUGGAUCACACAUCCAUAAACUAUUCUGUGACAAUCCUUCAAUGUUAAUGUUGGGGUGUUAUCGAGCAAUAGCCAACCAGGUAUGGAGUAUGGUGAUUAUUUCAGUAUAUCUUAUACAGUUUGUUUUAAUUUCAAUUUCUUAUGCUCAUAUUGUCCAUGUUUGUAUAUCAUCUAGUGAGGGUAGAGCAAAGUUCAGUAAAACUUGUGUGCCUCAUAUUGUAGUUAUGGUCAUAUAUAUUGUGACUGCAUUGUUUGAUGUAUUUUACAGCUGGGAUGGUUCAGUAAAUCUUCCAAUUGGUGUACGUAAUGCGUUGGCUAUACAAUUUCUGAUUCUUCCCCCACUAUUAAACCCAUUAAUUUAUGGCCUCCAACUUCCAAAGAUUCGAAAAGUACUAUGUAGACGAAGUUGUAAACACAAAGUGUGUUGUCUUAGAAAUAAUGCAUGA